UUUACAUGGAAACGUGUAAACUUCCGGUCCAAUCAAGCGAGCACCUGUUGAGACUUAUUCGUGAUUUGUUCUCAGUAUACCGUUGGUAAUCAGUAGCGAUGGAGUUAAGAGAACGAAAACCACCAACUUUGAAGGAAAAAUUUUCCGAUCAUUACAAGAACAGAGAUUUUACGGUGAAAAAAACACAGAUAAACACAAUUGGUGUGGCUUUCUUUUGGGGAAUGUGGAUUUCUCUUUUCAUUGAAGGCCACAUAUUGACAUUUCAACUGUAUGGCGAUAACUGGAUAAAAACCGGCGUAAUAUUUGUAUUGAUUUGGUUUUCGGCUUGGCAAUCGUUCAUUAAUUGGUUUGGAACUUAUUUAGUUGAUGUAUCAAAAGUUGAUGCUGCGGUGAAGGAGAAACAUCACCCUGGGACUCUUGAGACACCGGCAGGCUGGUACAACUGUCCUAAUUGUCAGGUUGAUGUCCCACCAAGAUCGUUCCACUGCAAGUACUGUAACAAAUGUGUUCUGAAAAGAGAUCACCACUGCUUCUUCACCAAUUCCUGUAUUGGAUUCUAUAAUGAGCGAUUCUUCAUUAUAAUGUGUAUAUCAUUAGUCUGGUGCAAUGCAUUCGCCUCGUUUCUACAAGUUUCCUACCUCAACCAAUCAAUACCGCUGUCUCUUUUUGAUAUCCUGAAUUACUUUGCGCCAGUUGCAUUUUUCCAGAUGUUAUUCGGGAACAUGACAUUUUUCCAGUUUUUCUUAACACUUCAUUUAUUUUUCACGGUUGGAUGUUUUUUCAGUGCUAUAUUUUUCACAUAUUAUCAUUUGUUCCUGAUCUGUUACGGUAUGACCUCGUUUGAGAGUACUAAGAAAAUGAACAUUUAUUCACACGAUACCGUCUUGGAUAAUUUAAGAUCUGUAUUUGGCGCAUUGCGCUUGAUUCCUCUGCAAUUCAUUUUUCCGUUUAGAGUGGAUCAAAUUGACGAUGGCGUGAAUUGGAACAUCAGGAAGCGAGUCAAGGGGAAUUGACCUUCGGAUAAGUCAGAUAACUCUUAAAAUUCGUCGAUGCGUUUGUGUCGACCAUUCUCAGAACUUUAUUUAUUGUAAGCUUCUAAGUAACGUAGAUUAUGUUACUGCUGUUUCAUAUAUAUGUUUAGAAGCAUAGAGAAACUGCCUAUUACAAGCGCAUAAAUGAUUGCAAGAGUUAUCUCCUAUUUACCUUUGGCUUUCCCCUUAAAAAACACUUUGCUCAGCGUCAAGUACAUUGUGCAUAAUAUGAAUGUGUUCGAACAGUCCCAAUAUGGCUCAUUUCGACAGUCGUGUUCAGCUAUGAAGUCAUUGACCAUUAAGGAUGUACUAUUUAUUUAUCAAUCUGUUUAUAUUAUUUGUUCGUACAUUUUCAUAUUUAUAUUUUGUUAAUAAACACAAUGAAAAUAUA